UACUGCUUAUAGUUCUCUACUGUCUCCCGUGCUGGUGGUGAAUUCCUUUACGAGUUAUUUCUUCGUUUCAUUUCUUGUCCAGCUUUUCUUUCACCAUUUUUUAAGUCAUUUAAGUGUUUAUGCUGAGUUUCUCUCGCCAUAUUCGAGUGCUGGCCAUUCGAGACCUCACGCCCCUUGUGAGCGAUGAAUGACUUUCCAUUUAGAAAUUUCUCGCCGAUCGAAUCCUUACACUUGGUCAAUUGGUAAUGAAUUUAUUCUAAUUUCCUGUUGGAAAGUUUUGCAGCAUUAGACCCCUUCACUACUUCUGAUGUUCUUCCUUCGUCUCUCGUGAGGUGAACUCUCUUCUUCAAAACAAGCUUCAGAACGUAGGCCUAUAACAUGAUUGGUGGUAAACAUUUCUCUUGACUUUCAGUGCAGGAUGGUCUGAAGAACUAAUGCACUUGACGCUCAAUCAUAAACUAGUCAUGGUUUACUGGUCCUCCAUCGCGUUCAGGGCGCGAAGCCGCCUUUCUCGACAUGGGUUCACUGCAAGCUACCCACUACGGCGAUGCAAGCUGUCCUCUCAGAAGGCCAUUUCGUCACGGAAGUUAUCGUCUUGUUGUUCUUCAAAGACUUUGGCUUGCGCUACUCCACUUGGCUCAUGUGUUGGGAUAAACGCCCGCACCAAAGCAAACUACAGCAUCGGAACGCCGAACAAUGGCCGAGCAGUAACUCGCCGUGAACCUUACUCCUGCCAACUGAUGCUCCCUCUCGAAUAUUGUAACUUUAGAAUUCAAUCUUCACGGUUUAGUUCAUUAAGAAACUUCGGUUCUACAAAAAUUUGUUCCUCAGAGAGUGGAUUUGAGAGCAGUUUACCUAAAUUACCCAUAUAUUCUUGCUCUCGCCCAUGUGUGGCCUCAACUACCUCAUCAAUUAUGCUUAAAAAUUCUAGACAUCACUCGUGUAUAAAUUCUAUUCUAUACUCCCCAUUAACUUACAUUCCGUUAACAUUUCAGCAAACACGUUUUUCUAUUAAAUCCAACGACUAUUUCCCUCAUGACCACGCCACCAAAGAUGCUCCUACGCAACACCAAGGCGCUAAUGUUACCAAAGAUUCUAUUAUUGAAGGGAUCGCUCCUUGUGAGCCCAACCGAAAAGAAAACACUGGAUGCACUCCCGCCCCAAUCCGCGUUCCUGAGAGUGCAGAAGUCACACGCCGCGGUGACAAUAACGAAACUUGUGCCUCUGAAGUUCCUGUUGAUCACAACACGGGGACACCUCGCCCCUCGGCUGGGUCGUCAGAACUCGUGCCGACGGUCAGUCCGUUGUCUCAGGAGCCGCGGCCUAAGGGCGUGCUGGGCUACGUGAUCUCCCGCUACAGUUGGUACGUCGAGCGCCUGCAGAAGUCCCUAGAGAACGAGAUGCCGCGCACCUUCAGAAUGUUCAGAAUAUUCAGCGUUGGGCUCAAGUCCUUCAUCAAAGACUUCACGGGCUACGUGCGUGUGCUGGUGACACUAUCAUUCCCCAGCGGGCGUCUGGAGGGACUGUCCCGUCAGCAGCUGGAGCUCUACCACUUCAUGCCCCACGACAUGGUCAAGGUGUUCCCUGUGCUCCUCAUCUCCGCCGUGCCGUUUGGUCAGAACCUCGCGCUCCCUCUCGGAUACUUCUUCCCUCGGCAGCUGCUGUGCCGGCACUUCUGGGACCUGCAGCAGAGUCAUGAUUUCGCCAUGCGCGACCUGCGCCGCCGCGUGCAGCACGCGCGGCCCGUCUUCAGGUGCCUACAGGCGAGUGUUGAGGGCGUGGAGCCCCUAGGGCAGCGUGUUCGCAUGCAGUCCGUGUGCCAUCUGCUGGGGUCUGGACGUCACCCCCGACAGGAGCAAGUCCUUCAGCUGCAGCAGCUGUUCUCUGACGCCCCGUACAGCCUACGCAAAAUGAAGCACCACCACUCGCGGUCGCUGCUGAAACUACACGGUCUGAGCGCGGCGCUGAAUCGUAAGCGCUUACGUGACCACGCACGCUGGCUCCUUUGCCACGACCGCGCCCUCGCCCAUGAGGCGGGUGCCCUAGUGCCAGUGUCUGCGCCCCCUGCCCUUGGGGACUGCCCCGUGCCACCCUUUCUUGAGGGUAGCCCUGCGUCAACUCUCGCUGACGACAGCUCCGCAGGACACACAGUCUGGGGACCAAGCAGGGAAGCGACAAGGAACUUGGCGUCGCUGCACGUCAGUGACCUCAAGACGAGUUUGCUGAUACGCGGUAUCAGCCCCAUCGGUCUGGACAGCAGCGCGAUGGCUGAGUUGCUGUCGCGGUGGCUUUCGGUCUCGCUGCUGCUAACGGAGGCUGACAGCAGCCUGGUGCUGCACCUGCCUGUGCUGCUCUUCUAUAACCACCCUACAAACAUGGCCCUCGUGGCGCCUUGACCACACCUUGUACAACCACCUCACCAAUGCCAAUCUGGCCCUCGUGGCGCCUUAACCACACCUCAGAUACUCCCUGCCCAACACUUGUUCUUCUUCUGUUGAAGAAACUCUGGGAAAGAUUCCUCUGCAGUAAAAUUUCGUUCGAAUGUUGAAAGAUGCAUAGAGAAAUUUUUAUCUCAAAUUAUGUCUUUCUGUUGAAGAAAAAAAACAUUGGUAAAGACUUUUCGUGCGGAAGAGAGCUUUGACGUGAUUUUUUAUUCAAAGUUUUGUAGUUUUAUCACUAAGGUGGUGAUCGUGAUGAAACGUAUGUUCAGGAUAGGAAACCGUCACUUUCAACAGCCUGCAUCUGAGUCCGCUUGCUCCAAUGUCCUCGUCUUGCUAGUCAACUUGUCACUACCUUUAAAGGAAGAUCUUUUUUGUUCUAGGAUUUCUGAUGGAAUAAACGGAUAUCGA